AUGGAAACCACACGCAUCCCCUCACGCCAGUGGGAAGCCCACAAAGACAUUAUUGCUUCUCUUUACAUUGAACAAAACAUGGUGCUCGGCGAUGUGAUCAGGGCUAUGAAGAAAGACCAUAACUUUCACGCUACCAAGGCACAAUACCUCCGGAAGCUGGAUCAAUGGCACAUGAAGAAAAAUUCGACAAACGAAACGUGGACCUUUGCGGCGAACCAGAUCGAGAAGCGCAAGCUGGAAGGAAAAGAGACUGAGAUUCUCAUCAAUGGCAAACUUGUUCCACCGAAGAAGUUGAAAAAGGAGGUGGCUAGGUACUCAGCUAUCAAGUCCGCAACCUCGGAAGCAUCAGGCAAGUUUCAUCGCCCUGCGGAAACUGGCGUUCCUAGCGGAAUUGUCGUCCGUACACCCCCAGCAGAUGCUGUUGGUGAUGUGGAGGACAUGAACAUACCUUGGAUUCAAUCCCAAGAGCACUCGGAGGCAAACACAGCAGUUGAACGUGCGACACCCGGAACUGCUCUUAUUGAGAUGAGAAGUCCUGCUCAACAUUGGUUUAGGACACCUAGUCCGCUGAGCUUCGAUGCUGCUCUCGGCAUGCUAGGCCCGUCCAGCCCGCAACUGACACUGCCUUCGACUAUGAAUGAUGGUGUUCAGGAUUCGUUUCCAGAUUUGGUUGGCGACGACUUCGUCUUCGACUGGGAUACGAUACUCAAUACGCCGCAGCCUCCACGCAUACCUACAGAGGAGCAAACCAACCGGGAGGCCCACAAACUUAUUGGGAAGUGUCUGAAAGCAUUGGUCAACCCUAAAAGUCCAGAGUACUUGUCAGAGGCUGCGCUGGAAUUGGAGAGCCUUGCCAUUCAAACUCGGCAUAUGGUGCAAUUGUACAGCAAUUCUGCCUCUGAUCCGUCAUUCCAACUGUUCCGAUAUGCGGUAUACCUCUCUUCGAACAACCUGCUCUCCAAUAAUAGUACAGACAUGCUGCUCAAAUGGGUCAUCAAAAACAACAAGUUAUGGGUUCUGGAGCGCGUGAUGGACGCAAAAUUGCCGACGACCGAGGUUUUUGCAGCCAACAUUUUUGUCAGCGCCGCGAGGUUGGGCCACCCUGGCGCGGUCUGCGCUCUGCUCGCAAAAGGAGUCGACCCCAAUACAAUUGUUGGGACUUCUUCGAGGCGCCCUGCUCUUCAAGAGGCUAUCGUGCACGGAAACAUGGAGGUUGUUCAGCUCUUGCUUGACGCGGGAGCAGACCCAAAUGCCUUGGUAGGCAGUCCUUGUCGACAGACGGCACUUGAGAUCGCAUUUGCCGCGUACCAUCCCAAAAUUGCCUUGGUCAAAUUGUUGAUAUCUCGAGGUGCGGCCAUGAGUCCUGAAGCUUCAACGUACGAAGGAACGGUUCUACAAAACGCUUUGCGACUGGGCGAUACGGACCUUGUUUGUACGUUGCUACGGGCCGGCACGCGCGUUACUAAUACAACAUCACGCUGGGGUACUACGGAUCUGCAAAUUGCUGCCCGAUGCGGCAAGGUGGAAAUCGUUGAAGCGUUGCUGGAAGCAGGAGCCGACAUCGACAGUCCGCUUGGGGAAAACUGCGAAGACGGAGCUGAAGUGUCGAGAUCGCCUCUGUUUUUCCUGACACCACUUCAAAUUGCAACAAUAAAAGACCACACAGAAAUCGUGCAAGUUCUUUUGGACGCAGGUGCUGGCGUCAACUACUUUCCCGCGGCCAAGUACUCCAACUUCACAUCGUUUUGCUUCAAAGGCAAGCAUGAUGACUGUGGAUCAGACUUUGCAUCCGACUUUGCAUCCGACUGUGAACCAGACUGUGAACCAUACUGUGAACCAGACUGUGAACCAGACUCUGAACCAGACUCUGAACCAGACUCUGCAACCGACGACAAAUCAGACGUUGAAUCAGUCUGUGAGUCGUACACGUUCAGUCCCAACGGCGGACGCGGUGGCAUGCUGUCGGACUUGGAAUUUCUCGGAUCAAAAGGUCGGUAUUUACUUACACCGCUCCAAGCAGCUGCUUUGAACAACAAUAUUUUUCUCGUUCGCUUGCUCCUCAGUCGCGGCGCCGAUGUUAAUGCAAUCGGAGGUCGAGGCACAGCGCUGCAAAUUGCAGCAUCAAGGCUGGGUUGCUUCAAGCUGGUUCAGCUGCUGCUGCGAAAGGGGGCGGAUUUGAAUAGUCCGGCGACCGUACCGGGGGGCCGGACGGCUCUCCAGGCAGCAGCGGGGUCUGGGGACGAGCAAACCAUCAAGCUAUUGCUUAGCAUGGGCGCUAACGUGAAUGCUCCGGCGUAUCGCCGUGGUGGAUGCACUGCCGUCCAGGCCGCUGCGCGGUCGGGGCAUCUCGAAACGGUCAAAUUGCUAGUCGGCGCCGGCGCAGAUGUGCAUGCAGUUGCUGCGCAUGUGUGGGGCCGAACGUGUUUGCAAAGUGCAGCAAGGAAAGGAGACAUCCGCAUUGUCGACUAUUUGCUGCAACUCGGUGUCGAUAUCAAUGAGCCAGCAUGUCCAGUCAACGGGCGCACCGCAUUGCUUUUUGCAAUCGAGAAACAUCACAAGGCUGUUGCCGAGAGGCUCCUUGAGAAAGGCGCAGACCCCACCGGUCUGCUAAACGGGGGAUAUGGCAGCACACCUCUGCAGGCGGCAGUCAAGAACAAAUGGUACGACUUCGCUCAGAUGCUACUACGCCAAGGGGCCAAUCCAAACAAAAAUCUAUCUUCGUCAACACCUUUGGGGAUCUCCCUCCACAACAACGCAGUCGACAUGGCGCGUCAACUGAUCGAUGCUGGCGCCGAUGCGAACGAGCGCUGUGCAGACCUCGAUGGCUAUCUAUCAAGUCCCCUUGAAAUAGCGGUAGCAAACGGGAGCAUUGACAUAGUUGGCAACCUGCUGGAAGCGGGCGCGGACAUUGACGGCGAGCGUGGCAUCAUACCUCUCCGCAUGGCUGUCGAAAGAAACAAUCUUGACGUAGUGAAGAUGUUGCUCUUGAAGGGAGCGAGCCCCAAUCCACGCCCAGACUGCAUUAAUGAAUCGAUACUGCUGACCGCGAUGUGCAGGUCUCCGGUCGACGAAAAUAUGGUCCGCCUCCUCGUUGAUUUUGGCGCUCGCGUGGAAGCGGACGACGGCUUUUCUCUCUACCACGCUGCGAGAAAGGGGUGUCUGCAGGCGGUUGAAUCCCUCCUGCAAGCCGGAGCAGAUGCCAAUGCCCGUCCCUGGAGACAGACAGCACUUCACUGGGCGGUGCAACGGGGAAAUUUUGACAUUGCGGUGGCUCUUCUCAACAAGGGCGCUGACAUCAAUGCCCCUCUCUGGUUAGAGUACGGUGGGACUGCGCUACAGGAGGCUGCCAAAUUUGGCAGCGUCCGCAUGGUGCAGUUGCUUCUCGCACACGGCGCAGACGUCAACGCACCACCAGCGAAAUUCAGUGGAGCAACCGCGUUGCAAGCGGCGGUCAUUCGGGGACAUUUUCGAAUUGUAUCCAUGUUACUCAAGAGCGGAGCGGAUAUCAAUGCCCCAAGAGCAAAGCGAUGCGGCCUGACGGCGCUUGAAGCUGUCUCAGCGUGUGGGAGGCUCGACAUUAUGCAUCUGCUGCUUCAGAACUGCGGCGAUGUGGACGACAUGGAGGCACAGUGUAGGAGUGCAGCCGAGCUGGCGUCCUCCAACGGGCAUGUUGUUAUAGCCAGGAUGCUGCGAGAAUGGAAACGGCCUACCUGA